CAGAUGCCGCCCUGUACGGCUAUAGUAUGAUUGGAUAGCCUGGCCCCUGCGCGAGCCUCAACCCGUGGGAAAUUUAUUGAGGCGCGUUUCCCGUCAACAACGCCUCUCCCACACGCCCUUCACUUGUGUUGUUGCUUCUUGUCGCACAGUAUGGGUCUCCUCGCCAAUGUCGCCGGCCCCUUGGGCAACUUCACCUCCAACUCGUCGCUCCCCGUCCUCGUCGCCGCCGGCUUCGCCUCCUUUAUCCUGCUCGCUGUCGUUCUCAAUGUCUUGAAGCAGCUGCUGCUCAAGAACCCCAAUGAGCCGCCUCUCGUGUUCCACUGGCUGCCUGUGAUCGGUAGCACCGUCACGUAUGGCAUGGACCCGUAUGCGUUCUUCUUCGCCAACCAGAAGAAGUAUGGCAAUGUCUUCACCUUUAUCCUCCUCGGUCGCAAGAUGACUGUGUGUCUCGACACCACCGGCAACAACUUUAUCCUCAACGGAAAGAUCAAGGACGUCAACGCCGAGGAGAUCUACUCCCCGCUCUGCACACCGGUCUUUGGCAAGGACGUCGUAUACGACUGCCCCAACUCGAAGCUCAUGGAGCAGAAGAAGUUCGUCAAGUUCGGUCUCACCCAAGACGCUCUCCGCUCCUACGUUACCCUCAUCACACAAGAAUGCGAAGACUUUGUCAAGCGCCACAAGGCUUUCAAGGGACAGAAGGGCACUUUCGACGUCCCCAAAGUCAUGGCCGAACUCACCAUCUACACCGCCUCUCGUUCGCUCCAGGGUCAGGAAAUCCGCAACUCGUUCGACUCCAAGUUCGCUGAGCUAUACCACGACCUCGACAUGGGCUUCUCACCCAUCAACUUCAUGCUUUCUUGGGCCCCGCUCCCCCACAACCGCGCACGCGACAACGCACGUGAGACGAUGAUCAAGCUAUACUCUGAGGUUGUUCGCAAGAGGAGAUCGGGCGAGGUUAAGAAGGACUCUCCCGACAUGAUCUGGCAUCUCAUGGACUGCAAGUACAAGGACGGCACACCAGUUCCCGAGCACGAGAUUGCCGGAAUCAUGAUUGCGCUGCUCAUGGCUGGUCAACAUUCCUCCUCAUCGACCAUCUCCUGGAUCAUACUCCGAUUGGCACAAAACCCCCACCUGGUCGAGGAACUCCUAGCUGAGCAGAAGUCGGCUCUUGGUGAAGACCUCCCACCGCUAACCUACGAAGACCUUCAGAAGCUCCCCCUCCACACUCAAGUCGUUAAGGAGACCCUCCGUAUCCACGCCCCGAUCCACUCUAUCAUGCGCAAGGUCAAGCAGCCUCUUGUCGUCGAUGGAACAAACUACGUUGUGCCCACCUCCCACACCCUCAUGUCCUCGCCUGGUUUCUCCGCUCAGCUCGAUACGCACUUUGUCAACCCCUCCGUCUGGGACCCGCACCGCUGGGACGCUGAGCACCAACAAUAUGACGAGGAGCGUGACGAUGCCGACCAGGAGAAGAUCGACUACGGCUGGGGUGUUGUGUCCAAGGGCACAAACUCUCCCUACCUGCCCUUUGGCGCUGGAAGGCACCGAUGCAUCGGCGAGCAAUUUGCUUACCUCCAACUGCAAACUAUUCUCGUAGCAUUUGUGCGUGAGUUCAAGCUCAGGAACGUCGGUGGCAGCAAGGACAUUGUCAACACUGACUACUCGAGUUUGUUCUCUAGGCCUUUGGCCCCUGGUGUUGUAGAGUGGGAGAAGAGAGAGAAGGAGCUGUAGAGAACUACACAACCCUUCAUCGCUCUAUGAAGCUUUGCGUUUUUAAUGAUGGGUGCAUGUAGAUACAGGUGGUUAUCCUGCUGUCUACGAGCAUGAGCGCGCAUGAGGUUCUGGGUUCCGUUCCAUGCCAACAUAGACUUUGGGAUUAGUAUAUUAGUUAAUACUUUUGGGUAUCUAGGAGGAAAAGAAGUAAUGAGAAUCGAACAUACCAGUAACAUACAUUGACAUACAUUGGCAUGAAUUCGGUGGCCGUGUUGUAGAGGUUCCAUGCCGGAUAAGGCCGACUAGGUCGAUGUUGUAUAGCCGAGGAGAUGUCAUAGCCUUCCGGUAGGUCUACCGGAACCUCUAAAACUGGAGC